UUCAAUAAUGUGUUUUCCCUUCAUUUCUUCUUGAUAAUUUUUAUUUUUGAUUGUGUGUAUAAUUGUAUAUUUCAUUAAACACAUCUGAUAUAUACUCAUCAGAAUUAUUAAUUUAUCAUCUAAACUAACGAUCAUUUGCUUUCGAAAAGGGCUCUGAUUAGUAGUAGCCAAUAGGGUUCCAAAAUCUAGUAAAACAUCUUUAUUUAUAUUUUCUUCUGGACAACUUUCCAAGUUCAUUUCAACAUGACUUUGGGUACAUAUAACAGACAUCAAGCUGAAAGGAAGAAGCAAGCAGCUUUGGCGGCAGCUUUUCCUCAAGGUAUACGUUGCCAAAAAUGCCUGGAAUAUGGCCACUGGAGCUAUGAAUGCAAGGGUAAACGCAAGAUUUUGGUGCGCCCAUCACGUACUCAAAUUCUCAAGAAGAAUUUAAAGAGCAAUGAUGUAAAAGAAGAGGGCAACUGCAGCAAAGGUGUUUGCAAGAUACCCAAUAAGAAAAAACGUCAAAACUCGGAUAGUUCAGCUUCCUCAGAUAACAGUUCCUCAUCUAGCAGUUCAUCAGACUCCUCUUCGGACAGUUCUUCAUCAGGAAGUGAUAGUAGCGAUUCUGAAAGCGACAGUGACAGUAGCAGCGAUUCAGAAUCCUGUAGCGAUUGUUAGGUUAGAUUUUCUUUAUAUAGAUGUAUUUAUAAGUUAGUUUAAAUGAAAUGAAGCUAAUAAUAAGAUGUUAUAACACCUUCAUUUAUCCCAUUCUAUUUUAGUUUUGAUCUUAUUUUUUUAUUCAAAGUUUAGUAGUUAUAAUGCUGGUCAUUUUGGAAUAUUUUUAUUUAAUAAAGUUUCUUAGAAUUGACUUAAAUAUAUGAUAGGUAAUUAAUAAAGAAUAAUUAAUAUCUUCAACUUGUAGGUAGGUACAAUAUAAAUUUGAUUUUGUUUCUUGAUAUUUUCUUUAUGAUUUUAAUUCUAUCUUUGAAAUGCUUAUAAACAAUUUGGAUAUAUUUUAAGUCAUAAUUGGGAACACAGUGGCUUCAUAAAACUUGUAGGUAAAUAUGAAGUGUAACUGUUGUUCAUAUUUUUCAGAAAUUAAGUAAUUAACAUAAUUAAAUACAGCAAUGUUGUCUGAAGAGAUUUGUGAUUGUCAGUAAACUCUCAGUUUAAAAUAUUGUAGAAUACCCAACUUGUUUAUUAGUUUAGAGAACAAAUUGUCUUAUUUAAAUUAUAACAUGAUUUAAAUAUCAUUAAAUGUAAUUAUAAAUUUUUUAACGAUGUUUUAAUAUUACAUGUGACAUAAUUGAUAAAAGGCUUUGUAAUAUUAAAUGCUGUUGUAAUACCAAAUAGGUCUAUGUAGACAGCAUUUUUUUUUUCUGUAAAUGUAUAAUAUUUGGAGAAAGGAAUUUUCUUUUGUGAUUAGAUAGUAAGUUGCAUGUAAAUGUAUUAGAAGAAAACCUCAAUGGAAAAUUUGAUAUAAAAUGAAUUAUUAAAGUUUAAAUGUACGCAA